GACCCCAAUCGCUGGAUGAAGUGAAAAGAGAAAAAGCUCGCCCUUUCAUUGCAGUUUCAGUGAACGAAGUUUACCAUUAUGGCUACGUCGUCAGGCAAAAAAGGGAAGAAGACUUCCAAGAAAAACAAGCUCUCGCUCGGCGAGUUCCUUACCGACGGAAAUGCGUCCGCCGUAUCACAGGUGCAGGUCGCCGUACCGGUCAAGUUGCGCAACUGGGCCGACGAGUGCGAUGACGACGAGGACGAUCGUCCGACCCGCACUCAGAUGAUUGCCCUACCGACUGCGCCGCGGGCCACUCGGUUGCUGAACGACGACUCCGUUCCGCACAAUCCGCCGUUCCAGGCGUACAUCUCCAAUCUGCCGUACGAUCUGACCGAGAGCGAUCUGUACAUGUUCUUCGAUAAGAUGGAGAUUUCUUCGUUGCGCCUGCCGCGGGACGAUGGUGAUUCCGGACGGUUAAGAGGUUUCGGCUACGUUGAGUUUGCCAAGCGUCAGGAUCUGAUCGAUGCGCUGUCCAUUCCGGAACCGAUCAUCCAUAGCCGUCGCAUUCGGAUCGACCUGUCCAGUGAGAGUGACAAUAAGCGUCAGCAACGCAAUCGGUACGACAACAAUUAUGGCGGUGACUCCGACCGUCCGAUGGGCAACUGGCGUGACGCACCUCGUAUCAACGCUGAACGUGACCAGGGCCAGCGAAGACCUUAUAACAGCAAUUAUAAUCGGGAUCGCGGUGGUGAACGUGGUGAUCGCGACCAGGAUCGUGAACGCUACCCAUCGGACAGUGGUGCCGGUGGUAAUUGGCGCCUUGGAGAUCGCCCAGCGCAGGCUGCUCCACAGUCACCGCCUUCCAGUCGGAGAGGCUAUGACCGUGGUGGAGAUCGUGGCGACCGCGGAGACCGUGGAUUCCGACGAGGAGGUGAUCUCUCCGGUGACCGCGGUGGCCGUCGGGAUGACGAACCGCCAAUGGAAAGACCAAAGCUCGUACUGCAGCCACGUACCUUGCCAUUGCCGGAGAAACCCAAACCGGAAUCCGAGCCGGAUGAUUCGGAGGAAAGAGAUGCCAGCCAGGAACGCAAGUACGAUUCUGAAACAUCCGAGAACAAGGAAAAUGAAGAGCAUGCAGAAUCCCGCCCAAAACCUACUCCAGUUCCCGCAGCCAAUAUCUUUGGCGAUGCCAAGCCGGUGGAUACUGCCGCUCGGUUGAAGGAAUUCGAAGAACGGUUGGCCGAAAAGCAUCGCUUGGCACGGGAAGAGCGCAAGAAGGUUGCUGCAGCUGCUGCUGCAGCUGCCUCCGAUGCAUCGGCUGCGGCUGGCUCGUCGGCCGAUGAAGACGGCAAGGAGAAAACCGAUCCCAGUAAAGAGGAAACCGCCGAAGAACAUUCCGAAGAACAAAAGCGGCAACCGGAACCGAAAAAACCGGAGGAACCCGUCAACUGGCGGGUACGAAGCGAUGACAAGGAUGGCGAACGGCGUGCACAGUCCCCUCAGCGGAGGUACAGCCCGUCGAGACAAUACAACAAAAGACCCGAUGAUUACUCAGAUAAUCGGGACAACCGGGACAAUCGCGACAGGCAAAUGAACCGGGACAAUCGCACCAUGAGAGACAACAGACGUGACUACAAUCGACCAGGCGAUCGCGAUCGCGAUCGUGGCUACCGGGGAGACCGCGAUCGGGAGAUCACCCGUGGUGGUCCCGCCCGUGACGUACCGCGGGAAGAUCGCGACCGGCGAGACAACGAGCGGCAGGUCGAGGUCCGGGAUCGGGAUCGUGAGCAGAAGCCGAUCGAGGAGCGAAUGCCAAAACUCCAGGAAACAACUGGACCUAACCUAUCAAUGAAAAACACCUUCGAGGGAUUGUCGGCCGAUGAAGUCGAUGACUAGAUUCAGGUGUGAGCGUGCGUUCCAAUCAACUCAUCCGGCCCGAAGGCCGAAGAAAGCCAGCCCAGCGCGGUUAAAAUUCAUAAACAGGACGAGAACAACUACUAGUAUUCUAUACAACUCUCGGGAAAGCGACACUGGAGUAGAACCAUUUUUCGAUUGGAACGGAAAUUCUUUACAGGAGGAGAAAAUAUCAAAACAAUAAUAGACAGAAGACACAAGAGACGGAGACGCCGCAUUGAUUGCUGGUUUAACACACUCAUACACAUACACACACACACACAUAUACAAUUUGGUGGUCGUUGAUAUAGGAUUGAUAUAGUGCUUAGGACUCUUUUAAGACAAUGCUGCCGUUAGUUAGAAGUUGGCAGGGCGAUGAAAGUGCUUGGCAAUGGGAAGGAGCUUUAGGUCGAUCGAUUGGAGCAUUUUCAUCGCCCGGUCAAUUUCAGCAUACCGAAUCCGCGGAGGACGGAGACGGGCAGUGGGCAAUUAUUACACAUGGGUGGGCCCGUGGGGGUAGAUCAAAGUCUGUAAAAUAUUCUAUUCGAUGUGUAAAAUGUACUAUUCGACUAUCUUCGCGGUGUUAAGAAGUAGUAGUAUGAUGAUGCAAGCCGGUGUUGAUGAUGUUUGUAUGAAUGUGGUGAAUGUAUAGACUUUUUUUUUUUAAGAAAAAGAAGCUAUAAUCGGAGUUUGAUUCUUUGCACGCAUUAUCUGUAGGCAUGUGCUAAAAAGUCGUUGACGAAGGAAGGAGAGAAACGAAAAGGAGUUUAGACAGCAUUCACAUUUUGAUAAGACAAUUUUACACACAUUACAGCAGCACGGAAGCGAGCAAUAUGAUAACCCAAUACUCGUUCACUACGAAAGUAUGAUUAAUAUAUAAACUUUAAAACAAUACGAUGUAAAAGCCACUUUUGAGCGUCUGCCGUGGGCGUCCCGCGAUCCCGCAAUGACUUUGACCUUCGACUUCAAUUUUUUUUUUAUUAGUUUUGUUCGUUGAUUUCCUUCGGUGUGUGCGUCUCGGUGUAACCUAGAAUACAAUGCGUGUGACUAUUAUACAUAGAAAAGAGUGUGUUGAUCAUAAAUGAAAAACGGAAAAAGGUGUGAAGAAAUGAUUCCAAUAUGUGCUGAUGAUAUGUUUAUUUCUUUUCGGUAACGAUUUUCCUGUUUGUUUGAAAUAUUGUUUUUCUAUAUAGGAAUGUAUAACAUUUAUAUAUGCGUAUUUUUCUCUUUUGAGUUUAAACCCGCAAUAAGCUGCUGCGAACCAUCAUUAGUGGGGAUGAAAUUGCUUAGUUAUAAAACAAUUAUACGCUGAAGUUAGAAACGCGCUAUUAAUAGGGUCAGGUAUAGCCAAGGAGAAUAUCUUUAACGACUCUUACAAACAAUACAAUACCUACACACACACACAUACACAUCAAAAACUGCGCUGCGUUUCUUUAUACACAGAAGCAAGACGUGUUUGUGCGCUCAUAGAUAAUCAAGGAGAAAAAAAUGAAAAUAGUUAAUUUACUUGUUUAAGGAACAUGUGGGUGAAAUAGUGUUGAACCACACCCACACCCCUUGUUGUAAUGUCUGCUGCUUUUUAAUUAUAUUGAUGCUGAUUUUCCGUUUUGGACGGCGCAGAAUGGAAUUAUUUAAUUUACAAUUACACGUACAUAUAGACAACCGCAGGAAAAUACUGAAAAGCAAAUUCAGAAUACAACAUAACUAAGGAAAGAA